CAAAAGGUUACGUAUUUUUGUUUUUACAGGAAUUGGAAUAUUUAUCAGAAAGAUACAGUGGAUGUACACACAUGGUGUUGAGAAACGUUUGAGUACCCCAAAAGUAGAAAAUCUACCUUUUUUGCAGAAUUGAAAACCGUGUUGAAAUUGCAUAACAUGGAUUGCUCAACAUCCAAAUUUGAGAGGCUGUACUGUAUAGUGCUGCUUUUGAAUGUUGUAUUUUGGGGUGAGGGCUGCACAGAUUACAAUGCUAUUUAUGGGGAGAGAUAUAUCGGUCCAGUGGUUUCUAUGGUUACCAUGGUGGGACUACAGCAGUGUGUUAAGGAAUGUCUAGCCAGACCCGCUGACUGUGGAGGCGUGAACUACAGAAAAACGCACUUUCUCUGUGAAAUUGUGAGAGAAAUAAACCAAACUGAACCAGCCUCGGAGUACGUUAGAAUUCCACUUGAUGACUCAGAAUGUAUCUCGUGUCUACCAGUCGAGAAAUGUGUCCGAUUAUCCAGCAAUCAAACGCAUUGUGCCAGGGAUGACAACGAACAGAAUGACUGCACUGCGAUAUACAGGAUUUCACCGUCUUCACCCAGCGGACUGUAUCAAAUCAAAAUGCCGGUUUUUGGUUUUGUACGUGUUUUCUGUGAAAUGGAAACCGAUGGAGGGGGGUGGACGGUUUUUCAGCGUCGAAUGGACGGCUCCGAAGAUUUUUAUCGAACAUGGACGGAGUACAAGGAUGGAUUUGGAAAUCUGACAUCUGAAUUUUGGCUAGGUAAUGACAAACUGCACUAUUUACUGAGUCAAGGACCGUACGAGUUCCGGAUGGACAUGGGUGAUUUCAACAACCAGACACGUUAUGUAAAAUACACCAGUAUUACUCUUGGAAACGAGGCUUCUAAGUACGUCAUAUCUUUGAGCGGAUUCUCUGGAAACGUCGGUGAUUGCUUUACAUCAGGACAACCAAUAAAUAAUAUGAAGUUUACAACAAAGGAUCAAGACAACGAUGCCUACCCCGAAAACUGCGCAGUUAAGUAUCCAUCUGGAUGGUGGCAUAACAGUUGUCAUUGUGCUAACCCGAAUGGCCUCUACUUGGCUGGAGAAACAGCAGUGUAUGCAGAGGGCAUCAUGUACAAACCGUGGCUUACCGAGUACUACUCGCUGAAAACUAUUCAACUGAUGGUUAGAAGAGUUGUGUAGAAAAGUGUAAGCUACAAGGUUAAAUGUAAAGUUAGAUCGGUCUGGGAAAGGACAAGACGGGAGUUAGAGCAGACUACAAGGGGUGUGGAAAUAGUAUACACCUAUUUACCGGCUAUGAGGACAAUAGCAAGUUUAUUGUCCCCCAAGACAGCAACCAUUUCGCGACGCGAAAUCGUUGAUGUCGAGGGGAACAAUAAACUGACUAUUGUUCGAAUAGUCCGUGAAUAGGUGUUUUAUCAUACCGAAGUAGACUUUACUUGUGUCAGACAUACCGAAGUGAAGUAAACUAACAUUCGUCAUUAGCCUAGAUGGAAUCGACCGAGGUGAUUCGAGUGAUAAACUAAUUAAAAUCAGAUUUUGACGUCACAGAAAAGAAAACGCGGGAAAAUAUAGCAUGCGGUAAAUAGUUUCGAAACUAUUUCCCUAGGGCAGAUAGUUCAGAAACUAUUUCACGGCUAGCGUUAUCCAGAAGAAAUAACAAAUUUAUUCACCUAACAUUUAUAUAACUAAAACAUUCUGAGGUAUAAUAAUACACGCUGUAUUAUACUAUGUAUAAUAGUAUAUAUCAUUAUCAGAUAUUUAAAACCAUGUUGAGGAAGAAUUCUUUCACUGACUUGAUGAUGUCCUUCCAUUUCUACGAGAAUCUUUCAGAUCCCCACAUGAUGCAUGGAUUCUCACGCAACCAAUAAAGAUACAUUUAUUCUGUGGAUGAACAAAUUCGCAUGCAACAUGUACGGUUAACCUAAAUCUAACAUUUCUUUGGAUUCAUUUUCUCUUCAUCAAUCUAUAGAAAAGUAUUGGAAAAGAGAUCUUGCAACCAAUUUCAAAGAAUUAUCACGAUAGAAUUUGUAUCGCGUAUUGGAAACUUAAGAAAGAGAUCAAUAGAGAUUGGUUGUCAAUCAGUUAAACACGAAUAGCUUCUCACCCUAAUGUUUUCUAGUACUUAAUAUUCGUCAGCGUACAUAUCACGAUGUUUCGCUAAAUUCACAGGUGUAAGUAAUUUUUAGAAGACUCUGAUCGGAACUACUAGUGCAUGAUUGAAAUCGUUAACAUUGGACAUCUCUCUGUGUUACAUUUAUUGUAUUAAUAACACACAAUGAUGUGAAAUAG